AUGAUCUCCGACAAUGACCUCUACCGCCUUGCCAUCUUCUUGGGCUCAUGCGCCAUGAUGAUGAUCGUGCUCUACCACUUCCUUGAUGUCAAUGCUCGGGAUGACGAGGAGACUACCGACACCAAGCCAGUCAAGAACGAGGAAUCCAGCGUGCCCUCAGACAAUGCCCCCCGAUCGACGACCAAAGCGAAAUAA